GCGUUCCAAAAAAAAAGUCAAAACUAUACAUUUCUCCACUCUUUUUUACCUAAAUAAAUAAGACAGCACAAGAUUCUUCUUUUACUUAAUACUUAUUCUUCCCCAUUUCUUCUCCAUCUUUCAUUUUUCAAUUCCCCCCUUGUUCUCCACUACUAGUCUUCAGGAAUAAAAAUGUCUGAGCUGUUCUUAUCUGUCAAUUCUACAAAUACUCAAUUUUCUACUGUUUUUAUAUCUGACUUUUCCCCCCUUCAUUCUCUCUCACACUCUUUGCUUCUCCUACUCCAUUUUCAUCUUUCUUCAACUCGUAAAAAUCCUAUCUUUUCUCUCCAUUAUCACUACCCCUUUGCUAUUUUCCUUCAUCCUCCGCUUUAACUCCAUCCCCAAAGGUCUUUCGUUGAAUCAGACAAGUUUAGUAUUUUGCUCUCUGCAUAAAGAUUAAGGUUGCAGAGUGAUAAUGAAAGUGAGGAUUUUUGUGUUUGGAAGAUUUGAAAGUCUUUAAAAUGGUGUUUUUAGGACACCCUUUUGAAUUCUUGGAUUGUAAAUCAGAGCUAAGGGAAGUGAAAGUUCAAUGCUUGAAGGGACCCCAGUUGAAUUCUAGGACUGUAAAUUAGCUGCGGGAAGUUCAAGUUCAAUUCUUAUAGAGACCAGAGUUGAAUUCUGGGACUGUAAAUCAGCUGAGGAAAGUGAAAGUUCAAUUCUUGUUGAGACCCCAGUUGUAUUCUGGAGAAUCUUGAUACCUUGGUUGGUUGACUACCUAAACUUUCACUUUGUUGGUAAGGCCAUACUGUAAUCUCCUCCUCAUAUUUCUCGUUCCCCUACCCCCAUUUUUUAAAAAAGAUUGAAUUCUGGGACUGUAAAUCAGAUGAGGGAAGUGAAAGUUCAAUUUUUGAGUCAUCAUGUUAUGACAAUGGCUCUAGCACAGACAUAUGUGAUGAUGAUCUUUAUUUAAGAAAUAACUGGGAGAAAAUUCAGCUGAAUGGGGAGUACUAGGGGCAUAAUGAAGAAGAAGAUACCGGAAGACUUCUUGAAAGAAUUGGAUGUGUUUGAAAAUAUGACAUGGAGUAAUACUGUUGAAGAGAAGAAAAUUGAGUCAAAGGGGACAAAGUUCCAUAAAGCAAAAGAUUGGAAAAGGACACUGGGGUGCAAAUUUUAUGAGGAAAGGCUCAAUGCUGGUGAUAGCAGUAGUGAAGGAAUGGAUUUGUUAUGGGAAAAGUAUGAAAUGGACUCUAUAAAGAAAGAAAACAGAGAAAACAAAAAUAAUAAGAAGAUGAAGAAAAAAGGAGGGCUGAAGAACUAUGUAAAAGAAGAACAUAUUAAUGAGCACAUUGAUCAGUUGUGUUGCUUACAGGCACUAAAGUUGUCAGCUAGGAAAAUGAAUUUGGGAAUUGGAAGGUCUAAUUUUGUGAGGAUUUCUAAGGCAAUUAAAGGGCUUAAAUGGAUACACCAUGUGAGCAAGAAUAACAAGAAGGUUCAUUGUGGAGAUAGAUUCUAGAGUUGUGAUAUUACUUUCUUUGAAUAAAAGUAGCAGCUUAAAGAAAUUGUUGGUAGUAUAUAUAGUAUAUGUUUUUCUCCAGGUAACUUCUGUAUUGAAUUCCUUGUAUUUUUAUCCCUUCGUAUAUAUUGUAGCUACAUGACAAUAACUAACAUUUUAUCGGUAUGAAAUAUGUCUGAAGCUCAACCAAGUUGAGGUUGG